CGCAGUUACUGAUGCGACCAUUGUUUCUAACGCGAAACAUAUUGGGGAAAAUAAAGAAAGUUAACUCCUCGUCUUUGACACCAAAUCCCUCUAUUCCCUUUGAAGCUAUGGAGGUGAGCUUCUUUCGUUUUUGAAUGAAGGUAAAUCUUUAAUCCCCUCCACAUCCAUUUCUAUUUAUCCUUUUUUUUUUUUUUCUAUAACAGUUUUAAACUCAAAAAAUUAAGGAUUCUCUAUAAUGAGUUCAAUUUUCAGAAGAAAAGAUACAUUCUUGAAGAUAAUUCUUGAAAAAGCCUACCAAAAACCUCAAAAAAUAUUUAUUCAUCUUCCUAGGUCUAUAAAUCAGAGACCCUUUUCAACUCAGUCGCCAAAAAAAUUCCCCGAGUAUGAAAUGCCUUCAGUAACAUGGGGAAUAUUGCAAAAGAAUAAAGAAAAACUUGUCUCAAGAGUUAUAAUUUCUGACUAUUUAAAAAGUAUAGGCAUAGUCACUAAUGAAUUAGAGGAUCAAGAAUUGCCAUCCACAGUUGAAAUCAUGCGUGAACGUGUCGAAUUUCUGCAGAAUAUUGGUUUAACAAUUGAUGAUAUUAAUGAGUAUCCCUUAAUGGUUGGAUAUAGUGUGAGGAAAAAUGUAAUCCCUGUUUUGACAUAUUUAGAAAAAAUAGGGAUUCAAAGGUCAAGUCUUGGUGAAUUUGUUAAAAGUUAUCCACAAUGUUUGAAUGCUAGUGUUGUAGUGGAGCUUGUUCCAGUUGUCAAAUUUUUACGGGGGCUUGAUAUCGAGAAGCUUGAUAUUGGAUAUGUUUUAAUGAAAUACCCAGAGUUGUUAGGGUUUAAGCUCGAGGGAACGAUGAGUACUUCAGUAGCUUACUUGGUCAGUAUAGGGGUUAAUCCGAGGGAUAUAGGGCCAAUUGUAACACAAUAUCCAUAUUUAUUGGGGAUGAGAGUUGGGACCAUGAUUAAACCGUUUGUGGACUAUUUGCUUUCGUUGGGUUUGCCGAAGAAAAUUUUAGCAAGGAUGAUCGAGAAACGGGCGUAUCUACUUGGAUAUGAUCUUGAACAGACAGUGAAAGUGAAUGUAAAUUGCUUGCUUAGUUUUGGAAUUAGCAGGGAAGCUCUGCCUUCUGUUAUUGCACAAUAUCCGCAAAUUCUUGGUUUGCCUUUGAAGGCUAAGCUGUCAUCACAACAGUAUUUCCUUAAGUUGAAGCUUAAGAUCGAUACUGAUGGGUUUGCUCGUGUAAUUGAGAGGAUGCCGCAAAUUGUUAGCCUUCAACAGCAUGUUAUAUUGAAACCUGUAGAGUUCCUUCUUGGACGGGGUUUUUCAGCUGAUGAUGUGGCUAAGAUGAUUAUAAAAUGUCCUCAGUUAGUUGCUUUACAAGUUGGCCUCAUGAAAAAUGGCUAUUACUUUUUCAAGAGUGAUAUAGGCAGGCCAAUGGAAGAACUUGUGGACUUUCCGGACUAUUUCACUUAUAGCUUAGAAUUAAGAAUCAAGCCGAGGUACCAGAGGUUGCAAAGCAAGGGAAUCAAAUGUUCUUUGGCUUGGUUUCUCAACUGCAGUGACCAAAGAUUUGAAGAGAGAUUGUAUGGUGAUUAUAUAGUGCCUGAAAGUUCCGGUCCAUCAUUUUGUAUGGGUGGGAAGUUAGAAAUGUCAGGCAGUGAUAAUGUAUCAGAAGAGGAGGAAAGUGAUGAUGAAUCACUUUAUAGACGCACUGUUUCUUUGUAGGAACUUUGUAAGUGAAUUGGGCAUAAAUUAUGGUAUCUUUCAAUAUUAGUUGAAUUCUUCAAUAAGUUUCUCUUUUUUUAUUGCCUUUCUGGCUUACAACAACAACAACCCAGUGGAAUCCCACAAGUGGGGUCUGGAGAGGGUAGUGUGUACGCAGACCUUACCCCUUUCUGGCUUAUUAUAUACAUAUCUCCCCCAUGCUGCAUUUUUAACUUCUAUUGCUAUCAAUUCUCCAAUGGAGCAGAUUUUAACUGCUUGUGUUUGUUUUUUUCUCAAGUUCAGCAGUUUGGACCAUCUUUAGAAGAGUACAAUGUAGGAAGAUGAACAUCUAACUUGUUUUUGCUUAUCAUAUUGGUGAAUGUCUCUGUUUCAGGCUUGAAAUCAUUGACAAAUAACAACUUAUGAUGUUUGCUUAGCAUCCUAGCUUUUUAACCUGAACUGAGAUAUUUUCUAGCUCCAUGUAAGGAAACUUCUCUUAUCUUUUAUACAUGUUAGAUUUUCGCCUUCCUACGUUAUACUCUUCUACAUAUUGGUAAAUUGUUUAGUCUCAUAUAAGAACAAUGAUCUUUCAGAGCUUUUAAGUAGAUUAUGCUCUUUAAUUUCUGUUUCAGAUUUAAAGUUGAAAAAUAACAGUUGUGAUGUUUGCUUAGCUUACUAGCUUUUUAAUUCCUGAAUUGAGAAAUUAUGUAGCUCCAAGAGGGUACUUUCUGUCAAUUGAAGGCAAAAAUGUUAUCAAAUGCGUGAUUAUGCUUUAAAAAUCUGCAAAUCGAAAAUUAGCAACUACGUGGGCUUGGGGUCUACAAGCUGGUGAGAGCAAUUAUAAUUACUUCGAGCUGUUCUGUGUAAAUUAUACUUUGCAGAUGGUGUUUCCUGCCAUUGGCUUAUAGCUCUCACCCUUUGAUGAUAUGCCAUUUCUAUCAUUCUAACUUGCAGCUCACUCAUGCAUUAAUUUCCGUUGUAUUAGGCUUGUCAAUAGGAAGGAGUACCUCCUGUUUACUCUAGCGUGUAGGGCCCAAUCAUAGUCAUAAUUAGAAAAAGAAGCCCCAUGGUUGCAAACCCCAAGAAGGCAGGAAAUUCUUCAGUAUCUUGCAUUUCUCAUGAUUGAUGAAAUAAUAGAGUAGUAAGUACGACCAAGUUGAGCCCAUGUCCUAGUAGAACACAUCUUCUAGUUGAAAUCAUUCAGAUGCGAAGUAUUAAAAUGUGGUGAAAUAGAAUUGAGCGUGCAAAAAGCUGAAUUAUUCCUAUCUGUUUUGGUUUUUAUUAUCUACUAUAGUACUAAAUUUACUGUUGGUUGCAAGUUUUUCUUUUAUUGCUCUAUAUAGCAGCAGAUCUGGAGUGAUCAAUGUUGCAAAAGGAGGUGAUGGCUUUGCAGUGUAGGUUAGGUGGUUUUUCCAACCAUGAACUUGAAACAUUACCCGGAGAAGUGUCUUCUUUAAGCUGUGAAUGUUAUCUUACCAGCCAUGCUUGUGAAGCACUACACCAGCUACUGCCAUGUCUGCUGAGGAAAAAAUGAAUUAAGCAGGCAGGAAAAAGACUUGAUAGAAGGCUGCAUGAGUGGUCAGAAGUCAGUGGUAUUGGCAAGAACGAUAGUAACCCACAUUGUGAUGUGACCAGAAGAUUCAUGACCAGCAUUAAGGCUCAUUUUGCUUCCUUCUCUCUUCUCUCAUCCGCGAUUGUUUGGAAGAUAGCCACAAGCUUUUUACGUGCCUGAAAUAUAUAUGCUUUCAAUUUUCUAGUAAAACAUAAUGUUGGAUGCUUUCAAUGUGAAAAGAGGACAUUUUCGUGUUUUUUCCAGAAAGAUUUAAGUUAUGUACAUUAACAAUGUAAAGAUUCUUUAUGUUAGAAAAUUUGGGAGAGCAAGACAACACAAAUGAACACUCAAAACUCACAAAGAAGAAAGUGGAGAAAAUGAUGAUUUCUAUUCAACUUGACUUGCUCUAAAUGGCUAGGAAUACAUGACUAUUUAUAGGAGAAAUCUUUCAUGUAUCUAGCCUACACUCAUGUAAACAUAAUAACUAAGUCCACAUCUCACAUCUUUCAAGGUACAUGGAUGAUACUACUAGAAAUUAUAUUUUUCAAAGUACAUCAAUGUGUUCAUACUCUAAUACAUGUACUAAAUUAAUAUUCUAGUUCAUGAACUUAUGCAAACAAAUGUAAACACAUGGAAAUAAGUUUAUAUUGUUCACAUUUCAACAUCCCCCCUAAACUUUUUUCAUCGCUCCAAGAGCCAUCCUUAGCUUUUGAAAGAGCUCAAUCUUCAACGGCUUGGUGAAAAUAUCCGCAAUUUUAUCUUGUGACUUCACGUGCUCAAGCUCCGUAACUUUAUUUUCAUGUCCUUCAACCUUGUAGCCAAAGAAUGAUCAAUGUAAACCUCUUCCUCCAAAACACCAUUCAAGAAAGCCGACUUCACAUCCAUUUGAUGAAAUUUUCAUUGAUUUUGAGCCGCCAAAGAAAUAAUAAAACGAAUUGUUUUGAAACGAGCAACCGGUGCAAAUACCUCAUCAUAGUCAAUACCGGCCUUUUGCUUGUAUCCCUUGGCAACCAAUCUUGGUUUGUACCUUUCCACCUUACCCUUGGAAUUUUUCUUUCACUUGUACACCCAUUUGAUUUCAAUGAUGCUUUUACCUUUUGGAAGUAUGGCUAAUUCCCAAGUAUCAUUCUUCUUGAUUGCCUUGAUUUCUUCUUCCAUAAUAUCUCUCCAUUUGACAUUUUGGGAAGCAUCUUCAUAAGUUAAAGGCUCAAUAUCCAUCAACAAACAAAAGUCAGUCAAAUCAUAUAAAUCUUUUCUUACCACUUUCGUAUUUUACUCAUGAAGACUUUUAGUUUUCUGAGGCACUUCACUUGAAGAACUUGAACUUAACUCAUCUUCUUCUUGAACUUGUGCUUGAGGUGUUGAAUGUGGUGUGAUAGGCUGCUCCGCAACUUCAUCAUCAUCUUCAUCAAAUAAAGGACUAAAAGAGUAGUCUUGCUCUUUAGUUUUCCAUUCAAAAGCAUUAUCUUCAUCAAACUCAACAUCUCUGCUUAUGGUGAUCUUGCAAUUUCUUGGGUUAUAUAAUUUAUAACUUUUAGAACUUUGAUCAUAACCAAUGAAAACAUACCUCACUUUUAUCAUCAAGCUUGGACUUCUUCUCAUCCGGCAUAUGUGCAUAGGCAAUGCUCCCAAAAACUCGCAAAUGACCAACUUUUGGCUUGAAACCGCUCCAAGCCUCUUGAGGUGUUUUGUCACGAUUACUCUUGGUGUGACACUGAUUUGAC